AUGCCGACUAAAAGGCUCCCCUUCAGCUGCUACGUCCUUCCCCAUCACCGAUCUGCUUCUCCGCCGUUUAGCUCCCGAGUGCGAAAGGGAAUUGGAAGGGCGCGAAACCAUCGUUCUUCCCUCCACCAUGCUCAUCCGUGUCAUCGUGGAGUCGCGUGGCUGCCCAUCCGUCUUGGUGUUGUGGUCGUUGUCCUCGUCAUCCUUCCCCCUUGCCCUAUUGUGUGCUACUCGAUCACCCUUUCCCUUCUCACUGAUCUUGAAGGCAAGACAGAUCUCAAGAUUCGUGCUCUAGAGUCCAUACUCCUGUUAGAUGCCUUUAACAAAGACAGAGCAUCUUUACCUCAACCUCUGCCAAAUUCACCUCCUUUGGCUCCCAUUCCUGUUGCUGCUCUUGACCCUCGAACACAAGAGAUGAUAAAUGAGAAGUUGAAGAAAGCCGAGGACCUUAGCGAGCAAAGAAAGGUUGAUGAGGCGCAAAAAGCAUUGGAAGAAGCCGAAGCACUUAAGAAGCUUCUGGCAAGGCAGGAGCCUGUAGUGGAUAAUUCAAAUUCUUCAAAAUAUACAGCUACUGAUGUGCGGAUUACUGAUCAGAAGCUACACGUGUGUGACAUAUGUGGAGUACUUUUGAGUGUAUAUGAUAGGAAUGUUUGUUAGGCCAUUUGAGUUCAAAGACAGUAGUACGUUACUCAUUAAGUAGAGUUUUUACCUGCUGCUGAUCUUAUAUUGGCUUGAGAAACGGGUCAACAAGAAAGUAAUGGCAAUGUUUAAGAAGGCAGAAGAUGAGUACACUGAUUUAAUGUCAGAGAAAGACAUAAUUGAGAAUGACAAGUUUAAAAUCAAGAAAGUGAUCAAAGAACUGGAUGAGAAAAAGGAUACACUAAAUGUGACCUGAGUCAAAGUAAACAAGGGAGUUUUUUCCACCACUUCAUAUAUGCCCUUUACUCCAUCUAUUUUACAUGCUUUUCAAUUUGGCAAUACCUUUUUUUCCCAGUGAUUUUGGAUCCAUAUUUUCUACAGUACUACCGGGUACGAUGGCUAAGUUAGAACCUCCAGAAGGAUGCAGUUUUCUUGAUGGUCUUGAGGUUUGGAUUGCAUUUGGAGGUGUGAAAAUAGUCAUUAUCUGAAUUAAGUGGAGGUCAACGAUCCCUUGAGGUUUAUAUUUGUCAGUCAUCACUUUUAAAGGGGCUUCAAUAUUUAGGAUUUUUCUAAUUCUAAGAUUUUUACCACCUUAGUUUUGUUUUUCCCUUUUAUAUAUAUAUAUAUAUAUAUAUAUAUAUAUAUAUAUAUAUAUGCUAGUAUGUGCACAAGUAGUGCUCGAAUAUCAUGUUUUUUUAUUUUACAAAUAAGGAUUUUUUUUAGUUAACAUUUUGAAUUUAUCUAUGAGUUUAAUAUUGUUUA